UGGCGUCACGCUACUACUUUCCACACCCAUUUCGUCAGAAUGUUUCUUUCCUUCUUUGGUUUCGCAAGUAUUGGUGUAAAUUGACUUUAAUAAAUAAUCCUAUUGAAAAAAGAGAAGUUACUUUGUGUAAAAUAUGUUGAAAAUAUGAAUAGAUAUUAUUUAUCUUUUGAGAAGAUAAAGCUAAAAUUUGCAGUGAGUUUUAUUUUGUGAGUGUUACCCAAUACCGUACAACAAGGACAAAACGAGCUCGAUAACUGCACAUCAAAAUGGCUGCUACUGGGAAUAAAUUGCAAAAUUUGAACUUCGACAAAAUAUGUCGUGCUUGUUUGGAAAUAAAAAAGGACAUGCGACCAUUGUUUGAACAAUUAACUGCGACGAUGCUAAUGGGAAUAUCAAAAGUGCAGGUGGCUGUGGGAGACGGUCUGCCCUCUCAGCUGUGUCUGCAGUGCGUUCACCAGAUCUCUCGUUGCAACGCCUUCAAGGACAUGGUUGAGAGAAACGACGCCACCCUGCGGCAACAAGCCAAAGUUAAGGCAGAGAUGGCGCUCAAAGAGAGGGAAGAGAAAGAAAAAUUACUGAACCUAAAUUGUCCAGAGCCCGCUUUCAUCCAAUAUAUGGAGGUGCCGAUAGUCAACAGCGCUGGACAAAUGCUGGAGAGCUUCUUCGACACGGCACCUGAUGAGAAUGAUAAGUCCAAUGUUAAGGAUAAAGAACAGGAAGAUAAAGAACAAGCCAAUGACACCCAAACGCAGACCAAUCAAGUGUCCAGCACCAAAAGCGACGAAGCCUUGAACUCUGAUGAGGAGAACUACCUCCAACUGGUUGUAUUUCAAGCCACGUCCUCGGUCUCCCCUGGACGUCACGUGUGCAAUCUGUGCCAUAAGGAGUUUAAAAAUGCGAGGUUCCUGAAACAACACAUGAGGUCCCAUUCCAACUGGAUAAAGGCUAAUUGCAAGAAACCCCCCAUGUGCCCGAUUUGUGAGAGGACUUUCAAGGGUCCUGGCAUGCUCAAAAUGCACAUGCGGACACACGAGGAGCGGCCUCCCAAGCAGCCGACAUGUUCCGUCUGCCAGCGCACGUUUCCCACCAAAACAUUACUCUACCGCCAUAGACAAACUCACUUUGAACAGAAAACCCAUCAGUGUACAGUAUGCGAUAAGAGAUUCUUCAGCGGUUACGCUCUGAGAUCUCAUAUGGCGAGGCAUAGGGGUGAAAGGCCCUAUGUUUGUUCCAUGUGCAAUAAGAGCUUCUAUAACCCGACGGAUUUGAAGGUCCACUUCCGCCUUCACACCGGCGAGAAACCACUGAAGUGUUCGGAAUGCAACAAAACCUUCCGCCGCCACUCCACACUGUGCCAGCACAUGAAGAAGCAUCGCGGCAUUCGCAACCACGUGUGCAACGUCUGCAACAAAGGUUUCUACGAGGUCUCCAAGCUGAACGCUCACAUGAGAGUCCACACUGGUAGUUACUUACGUCAUUAUUUUAUUGAGUAUCUUUUACGCUCCACACUGUGCCAGCACAUGAAGAAGCAUCGCGGCAUUCGCAACCACGUGUGCAAUGUCUGCAACAAAGGUUUCUACGAGGUCUCCAAGCUGAACGCGCACAUGAGAGUCCACACUGGCGAGCGUCCAUUCGAGUGUCAAUUCUGCGAGCGUAAAUUCGCCCAGCAGUCCGCCCUGAUCUACCACCGGCGCACGCACACCGGGGAGAAGCCGUACAGCUGCAAGAUGUGCUUCGCCAGGUUCACCACGUCAUCGGCGAGGAAUAAUCACAUGGUCACACAUACUGGGAACAAGAGAUUCAUCUGCCCCAUCUGCAUGAAAGGUUGCACGUCCCGCGCGGAGCUGCGCGUGCACACGAGCAAACACACGGGCGAGAAGUUGUUCGCCUGCGAGAUCUGCGACCAGAGGUUCAGCUCCGCCUCGUAUCUGGCGGUGCACAGGCGGCAUCACACCGGCGAAUACAAGUAUACUUGCGACGUGUGUGGUAAAGGUUUCAUAGAGUCAAGUUCAUACAAAAAGCAUUCGAAAACCCACGAGGUGAAAAACGAAACGGAAUCAUCAAACUCCGAGAACGGCUCGGCAACUAAGUCGGACGCUGAGUCGAAGGCAGCGGCUCAAACGUUAAGUCCAGUCAAUGAAAACCAAGAGGCGAAGAAUAAUUCCGAUGCACCACAAUCGCAAAGUCCACAAGAAACGCCCCAAAAGAGAUAUAAGUGCGGAGUGUGCGUGAAGACUUAUAUGUAUUUGCAUAGUUUGAAGAAACACAUGAUGACUCACAUUCAACAACAACAAGAGCAAAAUCAGCAGCAGCAGCAGCAGCAACAACAACAACAACAGCAGCAGCCGCAACAUCAACAACAACAACAGCAGAUACAGCAAGUGCACGUGCAACAACAACAACAGCAGUUGCAACAACAAGUGCUGCAGGUGGGCAGCGUGCAACAACUCGCAGUGCCUAUACACGCGCAACAACUGCAACAAGCCAUCACUGUUUCUGGAGUGGGCGCGCCUCACUCGUAUCCCGUUAUAUCGUCCGUGCAGUCGCUACAAUUGCAGCAAACUCAGCAACAAGUCAAUACGCAACAACAGCCUCAACAACUCCAAGUUCAAACGAUACAAAUUCAUCCGCAACAUCAACCAAUACAAAUUCAUGCGGUGGGCGUACAGCAAGUUCAACAACAGCAGUUGCAUGUGGCCACCUCCACGUGUCAGACGAUGAUCCCCAAUAUCUUACAGCUGCAGCCGACGGCGGUGGCGGUGCCGGAGCUGGGCGCGGGCGUGGCGCACCGCAUCAUCCUGCAGCCGCAGCAGCCGCACCAGGCCGUCUACACCAUACACCACUGAUCCAACAUCUCACUACAAGUAUACUCAUCUGACGUUAACAACCAUAUGAUAACACUAACCUGAGAUUGAGGCGUUUACUACAUACACCACUAAUUCCACACCACACGGCAAGUUAUGUCACACCCACUACACUUUAUACACCAAAUCUGACAUUAUACCACUAACAUAACAAUAGCUACUUCUCCAUACACCAAUGGGGUCACACAUCAUACAACAAGUCAUAUAUACUUAUAUACUAAUCUGAAACAGGCACAUACAUUACUGAUUCGAUACCACACGACAAGUUAUACAGCCAAAUAUAACACUAACUUAGCUGACAUUAAGUCGGCGGUAAGUAGGUACACUAAUUAACCUAAUAAUAAACCACUAACUUGACACUAGGCAUAGACCACUGCUUUCACAAUACAUACAUAAAACGACGCCGCUUUCUCGAAGGGAUUGGCAGAGAUUAGGUAGGUACAUACCACGAUUCCUGCAUACUUUUUUCGUUUCAUCCACAUCCAUAACUCUUGUCAUACAAGUUCGCCGGUUUCGGGUACUCUUGACCUGACCUUUUUCCAGAGCGUCCCUGAUUUGAUCAGGGUACGUUCGUCUUGGCCUUGCCAUUCCACACACCUACAUCAAGUUAUUAUUAAGAAGAUACUCUAAGCAUUUUCCACAUACACCACAGACCAAACGUAACCCAUCAAGGUCCAAAACUGGUCUGAUAUGACAUCACUACAUCAAAACAAGAUCAGUGGGAUCUUAAACCAUCUACACGUCGUUCACGGUGGUCAGAUCUUCGAUCGAUUACAUAAUAAUAGCACUUACUUAGGUACCUAUUAGAUAAUUCUUUAUUUACUAAAGUUUUAGAAAUACAUGUGUAUUAUUUCUCCUUUCCGAUGAAUCUGUUUUAGGAUUUUUGUAAUCAAUAAGUGUCCAUUUUUAUCUAAGUCAAUACAAUGUCUUAAAACAAAAAAAAAGAACAUUUAAAAAUAAUACAUUUAAUAAUAACUUAGAAUAGAAUGGAUUUAUAUACAAAAUUGGAUACAAUGAAAUGAAAUGUAGUUAGCUCUAGAAACUGUCAAGAUCCUCGCUGUAAGUACUUGGCCCUUGUUAUAAAACAGGUUUUUUUUUAAGAUUAUAUUAUUUAAGUACAGUUUUUGUUCAUUUGUUGUGUAUUUUUAUAGAAGAAAUAAAAAUUAAU